GAUACGUUUAAAAAAUGCCAAGAGCGAAAGGAACAGCUCCGAGAGUGCUUAAACCAUAGAUAUUGUUCUAUACUAUAUCAUAUAUCUUAAACUUCCAUGUACAAGUGCUUUGCCAAAAGUCUCGCGAUGAAUUCCACAAGUUGGACUGAGAGUUGGUUACCGUAGUAACGCCAAUAACGCCAACAGCGACGUUAAUUUAUCUGAUGAUUUAACUAGCUAGCUAGUUUGAUUUCGACAUCAAGACACGAGAAUGUCUAGAAAAAGACAAAAAGAGAAAGCAGACAAGGCACCUGCUGAGGACGAGGUCUCGAAAAAUGCAGGACUGACUCCAAAUGAAAAACUGCCUGCUCAGACCUUUGAUGAAUAUCAGUGCUCAGGCAAUGUGAAGAUUGACUUCCCUGGGCUUUGUGCUCUUCUAAAGAUGAAGAAUAUCCCAACGGUCAGUGCCAAGCAACCAACCGCCUCCACCACUGAAACUGAAGGAGGGGGCCGAGAAGCUGAGGUGAAAAAUAAGUGGAGUAAUUUGAGGGACAGGCUCCGCAAACAGAUGAGACUAGAAAAAAUCACAAAAAGUGGAGCAGCAGCUGGUUACAGGAGCAUCCUGUCAACCCUUAAAGCACCUAAGCCAUGCCUCCAAGUGGAGCUGGAGAAUGAAGACCCCCACAGCGCCAAGAACCUGAAGGUUUCUGGGUGGAAGGUAAAUGAGCAGAUUGCCAGAGUGCUACAGAAGAUGCUUCUUUCCUUGAGCAAGCUACAGAGCCUUCAGUUUUGGCAGGCGGGACUUACAGAUCAAAUGGUAAUCUCCCUUAUGAACACAAUAUCACUGUGCUCCAACCUCAGAGCUGUGACAUUGGAGGAGAACCCUCUUCCAGAGCGGAGCUACCACCUUCUUCUCUCUGAAGACAGUGUCCUCACUCACUUGUCCCUGCGAAAUAACCGGAUAGGAGACGAGGACGCUCGUCUAAUUGGCUUGGCUCUCUCAACAACCAGAUCUGCUAACAAGAACCUCUUGUCACUCAACCUGGCGUUCAAUUCUAUUGGUGAUGCAGGUGCUACACAUAUCGCACAGGGCCUGCGGUUGAAUCGUGCUUUGCUCUUUCUCUCACUGUCCAACAAUCAGAUUGGAGACUCAGGAGCUGCUCAUCUGGCUGCGAUACUUGGUGAGUUUGCUCUCACUCAUGAAGAAGUUGUUGAGAGGAGGAAGAUGCUUCUGGAAAGAAUGCAGUCUUCAUCUUUAAGGGUUGAUUCUGACCAGCUUGCUGACCAACUUUCCUUAGUAGCCAGCAGCACUGCACUGAGCGUCAGCAAAGGGGACAGCAAAGGCAAAAAAAAGGACACAUCCAAAAAAGAUGAGAAACCAGCUGCCUACAAAGAGAACCCAAAGUCUAACAAGAAAUCUGCUGAUAAUAAGGUGUCUCAAAGUAAAGGUGGCAAGCAGGGUGGCAAAGAGAAACAACUAUCUGCACAGGAGGAUAAAUCAAGUACUGACCUGAAUGAGGGAGAGUUGCUGGAGAAAGUGAACCCCCUGCUGGACCAGUCGGUUCAGCACAGGGACGGUGACCUUAUUCUGCCCGGAAACAGAACUCUCACCUCCCUCAACCUGGCAGGAAACAGAAUUACAGAGAAGUCACUGCCUCUGUUCCUGACAUCACUGGAGAUGCAGGGUAAGGGAGGAGGCCUGCUGCGUCUCUGUCUGCAGAGAAACCGCUUCCCGCCAGAGUGUGAAUGUUAUGUGAAGAUAAAGCAACUGAUGGCACUCACAGAUCCGCUAGAAAAAAACAGCUCUGAACAGACAGAAGCGGAGGAACAGGGGGCAUAGUGCUGAGAGAAUCAGAACUUACACCAAGGACAAAGGCUGAGAACAGCCAUAUACCAAAAGUGCCUAAUAAACUGUUGCUAUCAUAUCUCACAGUUGUCAGCCAGUGUGACAGGUAACACUCACUGAUUUAUCUACCAAAGACUGCACCAGUUUUGGAAAUUUGACUGGUGUUUUAGGCUGUGUCAAAGUUAUUGUUUCCUUGUGAAAUUCUCUCUUUGUUUUUCGCUCCACAGGGUUUCCUUUUCCUUGCUGAGCUGCAGUAAAGGAAUUGUAGCACAAAGUAUACAUUUCACACUAAUGAGACCAUAACUUUGGAAGAUACCCACAUCAUCCUCCCACAGAACUAUUGAUUUUGUCCCCUAUCUCCUACAUUAGAGUUUGGCUAGAAGGGAUCACUUCAUGGCAAGCAUGAACUGGAGAAAGAAUUGCAUUGAAACAGAACUGUUUCAGUGUACACAUAGGCAUGUUGGUAUUGUAUUAAACUUGAAAAAAAUCGUAA